UCUUAUAACGUUUAACGCUAAUGUUCUGAACAGCUCGGAAAGUGCCCUUCGAUUCGAGAACGAUAUCUAAUCGAGCGAUUCGGUUAAAAUAUCGAAGCAACCAUGAGGCUCAUCCUUCUCUUGCUAAGUUGCCUUACAAUUGCACACACGUACAAGAUACUGGUCAUCUUUCAAGUGCCUAGCAGAAGCCAUAAUACCAUAGCCGAGGGAGUUGUUCGAUCUCUAUUGAAAGCUGGACAUGAGGUAACAUGGGUAACUCCGUUCGACAACAACAAGCCUCAGAAAAACUUAGUGUUGGUACAUGUUGGUGGUCUGACAAGUCUCCUGGAGAAAAUAGACAUGACUGACAGCACCAACAGGCAAUCUUUAUCAAUGUUACUUGAGCUUGGGAGAAAUGUCACUUCUAUUAUGACGGAAAAUAAGCAGUUCAGAGAUAUUUUGUUGACGCAACAAUUUGACGCUGUUAUAACUGAGUGGUUCUUCACAGAUACACCUGCAGGGUGA